AUGAAGUUUGAUGACAUUUUAGCAGAAGUGAAAGGCUUCGGGCCGUUUCAGUAUAGACUAAUCCUAGCGUUGGCGAUUCCUCGUCUGGUUUUGCCUUUUCAAUUUCUACUGAAUAAUUUCAUCGCGUAUAUUCCUUUUCACCACUGCAACAUCAGUGCUUUAGAUGAUGGAGAUGUUUUUAGAAAUCUCUCCAGCGAGGAAAGGCUCAUAGUGAGUAUUCCGGUCGAGGAUGACGGGAGUUUGAGCUCUUGUCAGAUGUUUGCACAGCCUCAAUAUCAUCUGCUGCUGAAUUCCUCCGACGCGGCAGUUUUACCGACAGUACUUUGUCAGAAUGGAUGGGUGUAUGAUACCUCCACCAUGAAGUCUACUCUGGCCACAGAGUGGGAUCUGGUUUGUGAGCGAAAGAGAGUGAACAAAUCCACAGCCAGUAUUUUCUUCUUGGGCGUCAUGUUUGGAGCAGCAAUCUUUGGCUAUCUCAGUGACAGAUUUGGCAGGAAAAAUAUCCUGUUGCUCUCCUUUGUGAUGACCGUGAUUUUCGGAUUUGGAAGUGCUCUAUCGACUAAUUUCGCCAUAUUUGCAGUCAUGAGAUUCUUUACUGGCUUCGGAGCUUCUGGAGUCAGCAUCGUUAGCGUGGUUUUGUGUAUCGAAUGGGCCGACAUCAAGCAUCGGUCUUUCAUGCUCAUUUUAUUAAGCUUGGACUGGAGUUUGGGAUGUUCGCUGCUUGGUGCGCUCGCCUAUUUCGUGAAUGAUUGGAGGUACCUGAUAGCGGCGGCAACCAGCCCGCUCUUGCCGGGCAUCAUUUAUUGGUGGUGGCUGCCAGAGUCCGCCAGAUGGCUGGUGAGCCAAGGAAAGUGUAACCCCGCCUAUUUUUAUUUGACCAAGUGUGCAAUAGUAAACGGCAGAAAGCAGUUUAUAGAUGACCUAAAACCUGAGGUGCAAACUGUUAUUGUUGUGCUUGAAAAUGAAAAAGGGAAAUAUUCAAUGUUGGAUCUUGUGAGGACUCCAAUGUUAAGGAGACUGACUCUAAUUGCCGGCACUGUGUGGUUUGGAGUAGCCUGCAGUUACUACGGCAUCGGUUUGAAUAUCUCUGCAUUCGGCAUAAACAUUUUCAUCACGCAGUUGAUCUACGGCGUCAGUGAAGUACCCGCCAAACUUUUCUGCCUUUUUUCAAUUAACAAACUCGGCCGAAAAAUGAAUCAGAGUGGAGGACUUCUUCUGACUGGAUUGUGUUUGUUUUGCAACAUAUUUAUCCCGCCUGAUAUGGCAGUGUGUCGGACAGCAAUGGGGGCACUGGGCAAGAUGUUUUCCGAAGCAGCUUUUACAGUUUUGUAUUUGUACACAACAGAACUCUAUCCGACUGUAUUGAGACAAAAUGGUUUCGGCUGCUGUUCUUUCCUCGCCCGUCUCGGUGUGGCAGUUUCGCCCUUGGUGGCUCUUCUUGAGGAAGUGUGGGUCAGUUUACCCAGAUUGGUGUUUGCCGUGAUGGCUUCAGGUGUUGGGUUGUUAACCCUCCUCCUUCCCGAGACAAAUAAUGCCCGGCUCCCAGAGACAAUCGAAGAUGUGGAGCUGAGGAAGUAA